GUGAGUCAUAUAGACAAACGCAGCGCACAGUUUGUUAACCCUAAAUUCUCAUCCGCAUUUUUUUGACGAAACCAUGUCUCAAUUCAGAGGAUUCAGGGGAUUCAGUGAGGCUAACACAUACAUCUUUUGGAACGUGGACGAUUACCCUAUCCCUAAUGGUCUCGAUACUCUUUCAAUGAAAGAGAUAAUGGAAGCACAACUCGAAGUUAUGGAUUUUUGUGGGCCUGUGUCAAUCCAGGCUUACGCUAGUAAGAAUACGUUCUCGGAUGAUGAGUUGCUACGUAAAUUUUCAGAAGCCGGAAUCAAAACCAGUAUCUUACGCGAAGGUGGUAGUAAAUAUUCGGGAAUUUAUUCCAUGUUAAUAGACAUGUAUCUCUGCGCACUGCGAAAUCCUCCACCAUCAAAUUUGUUUGUACUCUCAAAAAACAUGGAUGAUUCAAGCGUGCUUCUACACUUUCGGGCUUUGGAUCAUAGGGAAUAUGGUGUUAGGUUAUCCGAUGCUGAACCAUAUUGGUUACCUCGUAAUGUGAAUUUAGCUGCCCAGUUUUUGGCUAACCUAUUCCAUGAUGAAACCCUUCUUCCCAAUAACAACAAGAGGAAAGCAGAGCUUCCUGCUGAUUCCCACCUACCACAGUCUCAAGGAAGACCAAAAUAUGAUGUUUUAUGAUAUUGUAGUUGGUUAAUUUGGUACCAUAUGUAUUCUGAAAGACCCUAAGAAACGAAUCUCAGCGGCACAAGCUCUUGAAACAUCCUUGGAUCAAAGGAGGAGAAGCACCAGACAACACUAUUGA